AACAUUUAGCAAAGAAAAAUUAGAAGCAAAGUAAUCGUAAGUGAAAGUAAGAUCGAUAGAUGGAUUUGAGUAAUUGUGAGAAUGGUGGAGUUCAUGAAGUGAAAGUCGUUGUAUCGAAGGAAGUGAAGCUUGUUCGCAUUAUUUGGGUCGAUGCCUCCGGACAACAUAGAUGUCGUGUUAUUCCCUCUACGAGAUUCAAUGAUGUGGUUAAAAAGAAUGGGAUUGGUUUAUCUGUUGUAUGUAUGGCAAGAUCUUCUCAUACUGAUGUUCCAAUUGGGAAAAAUCUUACUGGUGCUGGUGAGAUUAGAUUGCUACCAGAUUUAUCAACCAAACGGACGAUUCCUUGGAUGGAGCAAGAGGAAAUGGUAAUGGGUGACAUGUAUAUUAAACCUGGUGAAGCAUGGGAAUAUUGUCCAAGGGAAGCCUUGCGUAGAGUCUCUACUAUUCUUAAAAAUGAAUUUGACUUGGAAAUGAAAGCAGGCUUUGAAAUUGAGUUUUUGCUAUUGAAAAAGGCAGUCAAAGAUGGAAAAGAAGAUUGGGUGCCAUUUGAUUCAUCGUUAUAUUGUUCUACAUCUUCAUAUGAUGCCGCUGCUCCUUUUCUCCACGAUGUAGUUGAUUCUUUGAACUCCUUAAAUAUUACGGUAGAACAGUUGCAUGCAGAGGCUGGAAAAGGUCAAUUUGAAUUUGCUUUAGGAUAUACUACAUGUCUCACCGCUGCAGAUGACCUAGUUUACACUCGCGAAGUAAUUAAGGCUGUUGCUAGAAAGCAUGGAUUGUUGGCAACAUUUAUACCCAAGUAUGCAAUGGAUGACGUCGGUUCUGGGUGCCACGUGCACAUCAGUCUAUGGCAGAAUGGGAAAAAUGUUCUAAUGGCCGCUGACAAAUCUUCCAAACAUGGGAUGUCAACAAUAGGGGAAGAGUUCAUGGCAGGAGUUUUAUAUCACAUUCCAUCCAUUUUACCUUUCAUAGCUCCACUUCCCAACAGUUACGAUCGUAUACAACCGAAUACAUUUAGUGGAGCUUACCAUUGUUGGGGUAAAGAUAAUAGAGAAGUCCCAAUUAGAACGGCUAGUUCACCUGGAAUUGGUGUUACUUUAGUGAGUAACUUUGAGGUAAAAUCAUUUGAUGGUUGUGCAAAUCCAUAUUUGGGUUUAGCAGCGAUCCUUUGUGCUGGACUUGAUGGCCUUCGUUACCACCUUCAGUUGCCUCAACCCAUUGAUACAAAUCCUUCUUACAUGGGUUUGAAGUUUCAAAGAUUGCCUCAAUCGCUUUCGGAAGCUUUAGAACAUUUGGAAAAGAACAAUACAUUCACAGAUCUCAUAGGUGAAAGAUUGUUGGCUGCCAUUAAGGAAAUUCGCAAGGCAGAAGUAAAGUACUACUCAAAGCAUCAAGAUGCAUACAAGCAACUUAUACAACACUAUUAAGUACCAACUCGCGCACAUAUACCAUAAAAAUGAUGUUAUAUAAGUCAAUUGUUCUUAUCUGAUAAGAAGAAAUUAUAGUUCAAAAUUUUCUUUGUCGACCACUAAAAAAAAUGAAUAAAAAAUUAUUUAUAAGAAUA